AUGACCAUGCGUGUGGUGAUUAUCUUCCUCUUGUCUGCCUUGCUUCCACUCUCUCUCUCCCAUGGACGGGACCCCUUUGCCUGGCUGUACAGCCGGCAGAGCUAUGGCUCCCUGCAGGGAGACACCACAGGAGGGGCAUGUCCAGAUGAGUGUGACUGCCCCCCCUCCUUCCCAGUCGCCAUGUACUGUGAUGGGCGGGGCCUUACAGCCAUGCCAACCAUCCCCUCUCGUGUGAAAUACUUGUACCUCCAAAACAAUGCCAUCACAGCUGUGCCUGACUCAGCUCUUGUCAAUGCAACCAAUCUGGUGUGGCUCAUGAUGCACUACAACCAGCUGACAUCUGAUGCCAUUGGCAAGAAGGCAUUUCUGAAGUUGGAGGGACUAGAGCGUUUAUACCUACAACACAACAAUUUGACCAGCAUUCCUUCAAACCUCCCUCGCACCCUGCGCGACCUGAGAAUCAACCACAACAGGAUUGAAAAGGUAAUCCCUGCAGACCUCGAGGGAAUGGAUAACCUCACUAUUCUGUAUCUCCAUGACAACACUGUUAGUGAGGUGGGCACAUCACUGAAGGCACUGAAAUCCCUCACACUGCUGGACAUCAGCGGCAACAAGUUGACAAAGGUCCCAGAGGGACUUCCUGAACCUCUGCACCAACUCUACCUGGAGUCCAACUCUAUUGAUUCUCUACCAGAGAGCUUCCUGGGCCGUUUCACUCAGCUGCAGUACAUAAGGAUGGCCCACAACCAGCUAACAGACAAGGGUAUCCCUCCCAACACCUUUAAUGUGACUGGGCUGGUGGAGCUGGACCUGAGCUUCAAUAAACUGGAGAGAAUCCCCCCAGUGAGCACCACACUACAGCACCUCUAUCUCCAAGCCAACCAGAUCAAGGAGUUCACUCUGGGUAGUUUCUGCAGCGUUGUGGAUGUGACCAACUUCUCCAGACUGCAGACUCUGCGGCUGGAUGGGAACGAGAUCAGUCGCCAGGACAUCCCAUCAGACUCAGCCCUCUGCCUGCGCCAGGCUUCCACCAUUGAGGUCUAACUGUGUGUAUGACACAAUGUGUGACUAAGUUUAUAGCAUGCACCAAGUGUGACACAUUAUUAGUGAGACGUUCCUAAACCAAAGCUCCGCAGGGUUGAUGAUAUAAUUUAAUAUCAACAGCAGGUGGCAGCAGUUUGUACUGUAAUAUCCAUUAUUCACAUCGCAGUAAUUGUCAUAUGUGGUUGUUUACAUGCCAGUGGAAUUACAUGUCACAUUUCGCUCUACAUUUUCUGUGGAAAAUAUAAAGAAGUCAAUCCUCUUAAAACAUUAUGUCAAAUCUUGACAAAUUGCCAAGUCUGGUUUUAUUUGAUUAAAUAGAGCUAAAUGAGCCCUAAGCCACAAAACAAAGUGUAUAAGCCUAAUAAGAUACUGUAUGAGCCACAUAUGAUGUUUCUUUCUUGCGUAUUGAAAGUUAUUUGACCCUGAUCCUCUUUAUAUGUUGUUGUGAGGAUCAAUGAUCUUUGUAAUCAGUGUUUUUAGCUGUCUUUAUCUCACUGUUUCUUUCUCUCAAAGCAUGCCUUCAAUUGUUUUGUCUGAUAAGUUGAUAAAAAAACUAAAUUAUGUAUGUUAUGUGAAUUGUUUAAUUUCAAAUCAUUAGCUAAUGUGAAAGCAUUUUCUUCACCAUGUCCCAAAGCGAUAUCUUUGGGAUCCUCUUUUUUCAAGGUGAAAUCAACUUUCCUUUGAGACAUAGAUAGAUAUCUAUGUACCAUGUGAACAAUAUCUACUUACUGUACUGUAGUGAAUCACACACAGAAGCCUUCAAGUGUAUGAAUUAUGAGCAUUGCAGGGAUUGGUUAUAAUACUGACAAAGGAUUUAUGUUUAUGAGCCUAUUGCAAAAUAAAUAAAAGUUGGGAUUUUUAAAAA